GGGCGGGCGGCGCUGAGGCGGCCUGCGGGAGGCCGCCACCUUCCGUCGCGCUUUGCCGCUGCGCCGCGGGGCCGGCCGGCCGGUGGGCUCGCUUGCUCGCUGGCUGGCCGGCCGGCCGGGCCCGCCCCUCCCUUCCGCCAUGGCGGCCGAGAGCGGCAGGCAGUUCUGGAAGCGGAGCGCCAAGCUGCCGGGCAGCAUUCAACCUGUAUAUGGAGCACAGCAUCCUCCUCUGGAUCCCCGUCUCACCAAGAAUUUCAUCAAGGACCGCUCCAAGGCCAAUGCGCUGCCUAUGAAAAGCAAGAAGGCCUCCAGCUUCCACGAGUUUGCCCGCAAUACCAGUGAUGCCUGGGACAUUGGUGAUGAUGAAGAUGAGGACUUCUCUUCUUCCUCUUCCUCUUUCCAGACUCUGAACUCUAAAGUGGCCAAGGCCACGGCAGCACAGGUACUAGAGAACCACAGCAAGCUACGGGCAAAACCCGAGCGAGCCCAGUCUGCUCUUGGUGACAUGCCCACCAACUGCAAGGUAAUCAAGUCCAGCAGUGAGGCCCAGCUCUCCAGGACAUCUGAGGAGGCCUGUGUGAGGACCCCCCUUCAGAAGCAGCAGUCCCUUCCCCUUCGGCCUGUCAUUCCACUUGUUGCCCGAAUCUCUGACCAAAAUGCUUCGGGUGCUCCCCCAAUGACAGUGAGGGAGAAAACCCGCCUGGAGAAGUUUCGGCAACUCCUCUCCAGCCACAACACAGACCUGGAUGAACUGAGAAAAUGCAGCUGGCCUGGUGUGCCCAGAGAAGUCCGGCCUGUGACUUGGCGUCUCCUCUCAGGUUAUCUCCCCGCAAAUAUGGAGCGGCGAAAGCUGACUUUGCAGCGCAAGCGGGAGGAAUACUUUGGUUUCAUCCAGCAGUAUUAUGAUUCCCGGAAUGAGGAGCAUCAUCAAGACACCUACCGACAGAUCCACAUCGAUAUUCCAAGGACCAACCCACUCAUCCCCCUCUUCCAGCAGCCGCUUGUCCAGGAGAUCUUUGAAAGAAUCCUGUUUAUCUGGGCCAUUCGACACCCAGCCAGCGGCUAUGUACAGGGAAUCAAUGACCUGGUCACUCCUUUCUUUGUUGUGUUCCUCUCUGAGUAUGUUGAGGAGGAUGUGGAGAACUUUGAUGUGACGAACCUGUCGCAGGAUGUGUUACGGAGCAUUGAAGCUGACAGCUUCUGGUGCAUGAGCAAGCUGCUGGAUGGGAUUCAGGAUAACUACACCUUUGCUCAGCCAGGGAUCCAGAAGAAAGUCAAAGCCCUGGAGGAGCUAGUGAGCCGGAUCGAUGAGCAGGUACACAAUCACUUUAGGAAGUACGAGGUCGAAUACCUGCAGUUUGCCUUUCGCUGGAUGAACAAUCUGCUGAUGAGGGAGCUGCCUCUUCGCUGCACCAUCCGCCUCUGGGACACCUACCAGUCAGAGCCAGAAGGAUUCUCACAUUUCCACCUGUAUGUCUGCGCUGCCUUCUUGAUCAAGUGGCGAAAGGAGAUCCUAGAUGAGGAAGAUUUCCAAGGCCUUCUGAUGUUAUUACAAAACCUGCCAACAAUACACUGGGGUAAUGAAGAGAUUGGACUCCUGCUCGCUGAAGCCUACAGACUCAAGUACAUGUUUGCAGAUGCCCCCAAUCAUUACCGCCGAUAGGUGCCAGGACUCAACUCCCUCCUUUUCCCCAUGUCCAGCCCUUGUCCUGGCCCAAUCUGAUCACUGUGGCAUUUCUGUCAUCCAAGUCCUGGGACACUCUGGCCAGGAGCUGCUCCUCGCUGUACAAAGCUCACAUUGACUCUUGUCUUAACUCUUAACGUGUGCCUGUCUGCCACUCCAUGCGCCUGGAUGUGCCACUCCAGUGACCGUCAGUAUUCCAUGCCAAGCCAGGGAGAGAGGCGUGAAAGGGCUGUGAGAGGACAUUGGGGGGCAGCUUUACAGAUAAACUGAGCUGAGGACGAAGCCCUCCUACCCUCUCCACCCUGUAUGCUGGGCUGGGACCACUUUGGCUUCGCUGCCUCGUGUUACCCUGUCACCACGUGCGCUGCCAUAUCUGCUCCCUUCUCUCUUCUGCCACUGGUCGCUCCAGCUCCCAGAUGAAAAAUGCCUUAUGAGAGACCUGCCUGGCUGGAAAAUCCUUCCCCUGAGGGCAGCAGGGCAAGAAGCUGCUCUCAGGGCCUGGCUUCACUCCCAGGGUCCGGACACCCCAAGCACUUUGUGGGUUCACAAGAGAACCCCUUGCACCUGCUCUGUGUCCUCCUCAUCCUCUUCACCUCCCUCUCCCCCAGGCAGUGGGGUGAGCAUGGCCCAAGACGGGGGGGGGGCAACUCCAUCACAUCCAAUGAUGCAUGUCAGCUUCACAGGACUUCCUGUGACUGAUGUGCUGUUGGUACAGCCCCCCUGUCAUGGCAGGAGGCGGGGGGAGCUGGAAGGGGAGCAGCAUCUCUCACUCCCCCCUUGCAAAGCCCCUGUUCCUCUGAGACAUUCUGUGUAUAUUGUGUUCUUGUGUAUAUGGGUUAAAGAUGUACAAUAUACGUCUUAUGUUUGUAGCA